AUGGCAGGCACUAUGAGCUCGGCCAGCUCAUGGCAAUGGUGUGUUGUCAUUGUAGCAGGCGUUCUUGCUUGCCUUGCACAUGCAUCGCAGUCUGUCAAUGUUGCGUUGCAGGCUUCCUUUGAUUCGGCCCCGUUUCUGUUAGAACUGCUAGAAACUGCCGCAGAAGAGAACCCCGCGUCCUAUUUCCCUUUGCUCGACCACAUCGCCGACGGAACCUUUGACGCCGCUGUGACCGAUAAAGAGCUCUAUGAUCAGUUCCUAGAGACUUUGAAGCAGGAUGGACUCAUUGAGGCGCCUGAGAGCUUCUCUUCUUUCAAAUUGUCUCUUGCGAUUCGAUCGACGGCACCGAGGAUUGAGGCCCACUACCAGUACUACAAUACCUCUGUUCAGCAGUCCUUGAUGGCUGCUCAGGAUGCAGCCUGCCCUGUAUGGAUACACUAUGAGGGCAAGCAGUAUUGUUCUUCGGCCAUGGAGCGCGCACAACAGGAUGUGUCGGGGGAGCUUGAUUCGCGCAAGCUUCCUUUUGAUCGUGUCUCUGGAGACGUCUCUCUUCCUCCGGCUGUUCUCUACGCAGAUGUCGCUUCGCCGCUGUUCAAAGAAUACCACCAGACAUUGAGUGCCUUGGCAAAAGAAGGCCAGCUGUCGUACCGAGUUCGCUAUCGGCCUCCUCAGCACUGGGCCCCGAGGCCCCUCUUUGUCUCCGGAUAUGGGGUCGAAUUGGCUUUGAAACGUACGGAUUAUAUUGUCAUCGAUGAUCGUGACGCAGAAAAGCGAGAAUUGGGCAAAGAUGAGCUGCAAGAUGAAUCUCCCGAUGACCUGAGGCCUCUGUCGUCAUCUGAAGUCACUCGACUGGGCUGGAACACCGCGAGCUACGUGAUGAACAGUGCGGAUCCCCUCGACACCCUUGUUAAGGUAUCCCAGGAUUUCCCCAAGUAUUCCUCCGUCGUCGCCGGACACAAUGCGACAAAGGCCUUGGUCAGAGAGGUCCACUCAAACCGCGGUCAGAUGUAUCCUUCUGGGCACAACAUUAUGUGGAUCAAUGGCGUACAGAUGGACGCUCGCAAGAUCGACGCCUUUUCUCUCCUAGACCAUCUUCGCCGGGAGCGAAACCUGAUUGACCGAUUUCGUAAUCUGGGUCUAUCGGCCCAAGAAACCGUCAAGCUCCUCUCUCAUCGUAAAGUCGCCCGAGCCCAGGCGGAUAAUGAGCCUCAGCGGUACAAUUACCGGGAUGAGAUCGAAGGUGGCCGUGUUGUGCUCUGGUUGAACGACAUUGAGAAGGACGUCAAAUACGAGUCUUGGACAAAUGAAUUGGCAGCGUAUCUUCAACGCUCCCACCCAGGACAACUUCCUGCGGUCCGUCGCGAUCUACACAACAUCGUUUUCCCCGUUGACCUAACGAACCCCGAAGAUUUGGAAUUAGUCAUCCAGACCAUCCAGAUUUUCGUCAAGAAGAGGAUCCCGGUCAGGUUUGGAUUAGUCCCUACGGCCAUUUCGAAAGGCUCCAUCGGCCAGCUUAAGAUCACCCAUUAUCUACAUGAGACAUUCGGCCUGGAAUCCCUCAUCCAUUACCUUGAACAAUUUGCAUCAAAGAAAAAGGUCUCUUCACCGGACAAAUUCUCCUUCCAGGCUGCGACCAAGGAGAGAGAAACGCGUGAUAAUGUCGAAGCUCUCACAUUCGAGCAGGUCCUGGCAAGCGAUGAGUUGGAUGAAAUUGUUUCGCGAACUGUGAGCUAUCAAAAAAGACUGGAUAUUCAUCCUGAGACGCCCUACUUCUUUGUCAACGGCGUUCCGGUGGUUCGUGACGACACCUGGGUCCAAGAGAUGAGCUCCCAGAUCAGCCAAGAUCUGCAAUUCAUUCAACGGGGUAUCUUUAAUGAACUGUAUGAAGAAGACACUUGGCUUGCAGGUGUCCUGUUGGCCAAGGCUUUCACCCGCCGCAAGACGUUGAUUGUACCUGUUGAUGCGAAAGACGUUCGCUUCGUGGAUGUUGUUGGGCUCUCAGAAUCGUACCAGACUGCUCUUGUCAAUCUGCCACGCGUGAGCAGUGCUGUAGACAAGGCUCGCGAGAACGUGCACAUGAUUGUCGUCGGUGACUUUGAUUCAGAAGAUGGCCUGAAACUACUCGCGGAUGCGUUGAACGUCCGCAGGGAACAUCCCGAAGCAGAGUUGCUGUUUUUGGAUAAUUCUCCGUCACAGACAAUUGAUCAGGCUGUCUCGCAUAAGUUCUAUGGAUUACUCGAACAAGAUGAACCAGUGGAUGUGGAAAAGAUCACCGCCGCUGUAUCUUCCAUUACCGAGACACCAGACGCUGAAACUAUUUUCAAAUACUGGACCGAUCGGCGCCUUUUAGCAGAAGCUCUGGGAUUUCCAACAGGAACAAAUGGCCUUGUUGUGAAUGGAAGAGCAGUUGGCCCCAUCUCGCAGUCAUCUGAACUCGUCGCCGAGGAUCUGGAACAGCUACUGGCAUACGAGCAGGAAAAGCGCAUCACACCUAUUGCAGAGGCUAUCGAAGAGCUUGCCAUCCAGGCUAAGCCCUUGAAUGCCCUUGAAUUCGCAAAGCUGACUUCACUCGUUGCACUCUCGACGAUCUCAGAUGUUCCCGAAGGCAUCUUUGAGUCUCCUGCAGAUACCCGCUUCUCUCCAUCUGACAAUUGGAACACCUCGCAUUCUGUAGUCAUAGUUUCCAACUCCGAGGAUCCCGUUAUCAACAUUGUCGCAGCUAUUGAUCCCACAUCUGAGGUCGCCCAAAGAUGGUUACCGAUUCUCAAAGUGCUCUCUCAAUUGGCCGGGGUCGAAGUAAAGAUCUCAAUGAACCCUAAGGACGAGAUGCACGAACUUCCCACCAAACGUUUCUAUCGUUAUGUUUUGGACUCAGAGCCGUCUUUCGAUACCAAGGGCUCCCUCUUGAAGCCGCAGGCAUCCUUUUCUGGUGUACCGAGAGAGGCGUUGCUUACGUUAGGCAUGGACGUUCCCCCUUCGUGGCUUGUUGCACCGAAGGAGUCUUUGCAUGAUCUCGAUAAUAUCAAGUUGAGCUCAGUCAAGGGCGGAUUGGACGUUGAAGCCCUGUAUUCUCUAGAGCAUAUCCUGAUCGAGGGCCAUUCGAGAGACACGACAGUCAAGUCCCCCCCGAGCGGCGUCCAGCUGCUCCUCGGGACGGAAGAAAACCCGCAUUUUGCGGACACAAUCAUCAUGGCUAACUUGGGGUAUUUCCAGUUCAAAGCUCAGCCGGGGUUCUGGAAAAUCAACCUGAAGCCUGGAAACAGCCAACGCAUCUUCAACCUCGACAGUGUUGGAGGGCUGGGCUAUUCCCCCCAGCCAGGUGAUGAGAACAACGAGGUGGCUCUGCUUUCAUUCCAGGGCGCGACUCUAUUCCCUCGUCUGUCACGAAAGAAAGGCCGUGAGAACGACGACGUGCUAGAAACAGGACCCAAAGCCGGCUCGGCCAUGGACUACGUCUCGAAAGGACUGGGUUUCGCCCAGGGGGUGCUCUCCGGGGUUGGCUUGAAGACCUCAGGCGGUGCGGUCGAGAAGCAGGCAGAUAUCAAUAUCUUCUCCGUCGCUAGCGGUCAUCUGUAUGAGCGAAUGCUGAACAUUAUGAUGGUCUCGGUCAUGCGCCACACGAAGCACUCUGUGAAAUUCUGGUUCAUCGAGCAGUUUCUGUCGCCGUCUUUCAAGUCCUCCCUACCCUAUCUCGCAGAUGAAUACGGCUUCUCUUACGAGAUGGUCACGUACAAAUGGCCGCACUGGCUGCGGCCGCAGAGCGAGAAGCAGCGUGAGAUCUGGGGUUACAAGAUCCUCUUCUUGGACGUGCUGUUCCCGCUCUCGCUCGAUAAGGUUAUCUUCGUCGACGCCGACCAGAUUGUCCGCACGGACAUGUACGAUCUUGUCUCACUCGACCUCGAGGGCGCCCCUUACGGCUUCACCCCGAUGUGUGACUCGCGCGAGGAGAUGGAAGGCUUCCGCUUCUGGAAACAGGGAUACUGGAAAAACUUUCUCCGUGGCCUGCCCUACCACAUCUCCGCCCUGUACGUCGUUGAUCUGAACCGCUUCCGCGCCAUAGCCGCCGGAGACCGCCUGCGCGGCCAAUACCAACUCCUCUCCGCCGACCCGGCCAGCCUGAGCAACCUCGACCAGGACCUACCCAACCACAUGCAACACUACAUCCCCAUCAAAAGUCUGCCGCAGGAGUGGCUCUGGUGCGAGACCUGGUGCUCCGAUGAGUCGCUCGGCCCCGCCCGCACCAUUGACCUGUGCAACAACCCGCUCACCAAGGAGCCCAAGCUCGACCGAGCCCGGAGACAGGUGCCCGAGUGGACUGUGUAUGACGACGAAAUCGCCGAAUUGGCCAAACGGGUCGCAGAGAAGGAAGAACAAGAACAAGAGGCAGCGACAUUCACAGACGGUGCAGAUGCUGCUGACUGGGAUAAAGAUGAACUGUAG